AUGAUGUCACCAUUGACGCGGCUCGCCGUCGCAUUCCUGCUAUUUGCAGGCGCCGUGCAAGCCGGCACACCGUUCGGCUUUGUCAAGGAGAACCAGGAGUGCGGUGUGACCCUGCUCUUCGUCUACAGCAAAUACGCAUGGCCCGGAGUCGGCUAUGGCAGCCGCUACGGCGCCGCGUGCCAGAACCCCAACGCCGUCGUCAGCAUGUACGCCUCGCUCUACACCUACUGCCCCCCCGAAGAGUGGCAGUCCGGCGUCGCGGGGCUGAAUGCGCAGUGCUUGCGUCGGGCCGACGUGCCGUUUGCCGCGGCGUCCGACUAUGCCGCCAACCUGACCACGGAGGCCAUUGCCGCGCUGCCCGUCUACGAGGCCAAGACGCUGCGAAAGAGCGCCAACGUCACCGCCCCCUUUCUCAUGUCCCAGGCUUGGUUCGACAUCAGCCGCCGCUCGGAGCACUGGCGCGACUACGAACAGCGGUUGCGUGCCUACUACACGUUCGCCGGCUACGGCUUCUGGGCCAUUGUCCUCGUCUUCGGCAUCGUCCAGAACGCCGUCUACAAGGCCAUGGAGAGCCGCCAGGGCUACGUCUACGCCGAUGCCGAGCGCCAUGGCCGGCCCACCAGCAGCACCAAGCCGUCCACCCCUUUCGGCCGAGUGGCCGCCGUCCUCCGCAAGUAUGUCGUCACGCCCAGCGCCCUGCCGCCCUACCACCAGCGGCGCUUCCUCGGCUGCACGAUCCCCACGCGCGCCGAGACGUUUGUCGUGGCCGCCUACUGGACCAUCAGCAUCGUCCUCGGUGCCGUCAACAUCCACAGCUUCCGCGGCAACACCUUCUGGCCCGUGCCCGCCGCCCAGAUCUGGCGCUAUGUUGCCGAGCGCGCGGGCGUCAUGUCCUACGGCAACCUGCCGCUGAUGUGGCUCUUCGCCGGCCGCAACAACGUCUUCCUGUGGCUGACCGGCUGGAGCUUCGGCACCUUUAGUAUCUUCCACCGCCACAUUGCCCGCCUCGCCACGCUCCAGGGCAUCGUGCACGGCAUCGCCUUCACCUGUUUCUACUUUGCGUCCGGCAGCGGAGACAAAUACCGCUCCGGCUAUGCGAAGGCUUGGUGGUGCUUUGGCGUCGCCGCCGUCGCGGUCAUGAGCUUCAUUGUCCUCUUGUCGUUUAGUGUCCUGCGCAACAAGCUCUACGAGAACUUUCUACUGGUGCACAUUGUGCUCUCGGCCCUCUUGCUCGUCUUCCUCUACCACCACACCGCCAUUUUUGCGCUCGGCGACUACAACAACCCCUUUAUCCUGACAGCCUGCAUUCUCUGGGGCUUUGACCGUUUUCUGCGGCUCGUCCGCCAGGCCUAUGUCAACCUGCACGUUCGCAGCCGCCGCAACCGUGCCGGCAGCCGCCUGCAGACCACAAAGGCCACGGUCACGUACAACGAGGCCGCCAACCUCUUGGUCGUGGACGUCGUGCCCGGCAACGCCAGGCUGUUCCCCGGCCCCGGCCAGCACUAUUUCCUGUACCAGCCCCUGCGCCUGUUCGGCUGGGAGAACCACCCGUUCACGCUGGGCCACUGGCACCGGGACGCGCCCACCGACGGCGGCGACCUGCACCUGCAGUUCUGGAUCCGCCCGUACGACGGCUGGACCAAGAAGCUCCGCACGGCGUGCACGGCAAAGGCUGGUGCCGGCAGCACCCUCGCCCGCAUGGCGCCCGCCAUGCUGCUCGAGGGCCCCUACGGCAAGGCCGAGCCCCUCCACACAUUCGACCAGGUCUUGCUCGUGGCGGGCGGGUCCGGCAUCGCCGGCGUCCUGCCCUACCUCCAGGACCACGUCCGCCGCGUCGAGCAGGGCGCCGACGCUGUCGGUGCCGACAGCCGCAUUCCCACGCGCACCCGCCACAUGACCCUCAUCUGGGCCGACCGCAGCGAGGCGUGCCUGCGCCUCAUUGCCGACGGCCCGCUUGCCGGGCUGCGGAACCGCCCAGAUGUCACUGUGUCUUUGUACCUGACGGGCACAAAACAGCAGCCCUCGUCCGUGUCGGACUCGUCCACGGCAUCGUCCUGUGCGGAUGCGGACGACUCGCACGUUGCGUCCGUCAAGGAGACGGGCGCUGACACGGGUGCCGACAAGGAGGUUGCUCUCAGCGGGUUCGCCACGGAAAAGGGCGGUGUGCUGCAAGGAGAGGGUCCUGCUGCUGCCGCCGCCACCUCCGGCUUCCGCAUCCAGACUGGCCGUCCCGAUGUUCUCUCCGUCGUCCGCAAGAUGGCCCAGUCCGUCCAGGACACCGACGCGCGCCUGGGCAUCAUGGUCUGCGGGCCGGGCGACCUGGCCGACAAUGUGCGCCACGUCGUGGCCCAGAACAUGGAGACGACGCGCGGGUCGAUUGAGUAUUUUGAGGAGAGAUUCGGCUGGUAG